AUGGUGCUGUCCGAUCCAGCCAGUUGUGCUAAUCAUGACCAGGUACAAUUGGAGAAACUUGAAAUAGAAUGGCUCGUAGACUUCGACAAUAAAGUUCUCGAGGGUGAGACCACUCAAACGUUUCGUGUCAUCAAAAACAAUGUGACAUCCAUUAAUUUAGAUUGUCGCGACAUAACCAUUGAAAGUAUCGAUGUGAAUGAAACACCAGCCGACUAUACACGAACACCUCAGUAUGAGGGUAAAAACGUCUUUGGUGACAAACUGUCGAUCAGUACCGCAGAGCAUGCACCUGGGAGUGUAAUAAAAGUGCAUAUUCGUUUUAAGACGUCCUCGAAGGCCGGAGCGGUGCAGUGGAUAAGCACUGAGCAAACCACUGACCAUAUCCAACCGAGUGCCUUCACGUUCUGUCAACCAAUUGGCGCGCGUUCGAUACUGCCUUGCAUGGACACACCAAUAGUGAAAUGCCCUGUUUAUUCGAAGUUAUCAGUUCCGUCCACAACGAUUGGUUUAAUGGCUGCGAUUCGGGUCGGAGAAGUUGAAAAGGACAAACCACGAAAUGGCUACGAUACUUAUAGUUAUGAGCAAACGAUACCAAUCCCCAGUUACCUGAUCUCAUUUAUUGUUGGAGUCUUUGAAUGUCAGGAUAUAAGUGAUCGUAUUCGAGUAUGGGCAGAGCCAUCAAUGCUGGCAAAAGCAGCAUAUGAAUUCGCAAAUAGUGAAGAGAGUCUGAAGUUGGCUGAAAACUUAUUCGGUGAUUUCGUUUGGAAACGGAGCGAUAUGAUCGUUUUGCCAAAAUCAUUUCCGCUUGGUGGCAUGGAAAAUCCGUGUCUAAUCUUCGUUAAUCCAACAAUUAUUACCGGAGAUCGAUCUGAAACAAUGCUACUGAUCCAUGAACAAAUUCACGCAUGGUGGGGUAAUCUGGUGACGAACGCCAGUUGGGGUGAUAUGUGGUUAAACGAAGGAUUCACAACGUAUUUUGAACGUCGCAUUGGUGCGUUACUUUAUGGUGAGCAAUAUCGACAGUUUAGCAAUUUGAAGGCGUGGAGUUCAAUUCUGGAGCCACUGGUGUUCGAGAGGUUUAGUCCGAGUCAUCCAUACACACGACUCAUAAUAGAUCAAAGUGGUGGAAUCGAUCCGAACGAAGCGUUCUCGUUGAACUAUUACGAAAAAGGACAAGUCUUUCUGUACUUCCUCGAGACUAAAAUCGGUCGAGAAGAUUUUGAUACGUAUUGCCGUAAUUACUUGGAGACUUUCGCACGUAAAACGGUUGAUUCAAUAACAUGGAAGCAACAUUUCAUUGGUUUCUUCAGAAAAAAGACGCAUCUUCUUGAGGAUAUCGAUUUUGAUGCGUGGAUGUACGGACCAGGAUUGCCACCCAUAAAACCGAAGUAA